AUGGCAAUAAUACCGUCUGGAAGUACAUGGGUUGCUCAAUGGGGUAUUCGUCCUCAGACUAUGCUAAGGCCCUGUGCCAUGAAUAAGAUGCUCACAUCCCAAUGCUGUGUUACAAGCAAAAUAGGCCAUUUGGGGGCACCGAGUUCAAGCUUCUUCUCUCGGGAUUCCUUGAAUGCUCUAUUCUGUGCAGGCCCAUCUCAAACUUCACAUCGCAGUAGGGGAGCGAGAUUCAUAGUUAGAGCAGAUUCUGAUUUUUAUUCUGUUCUUGGGGUCUCAAGAAAUGCGAGUAAAUCAGAAAUCAAAAGCGCUUACCGGAAGCUUGCAAGAAGUUUUCACCCAGAUGUAAACAAAGAACCAGGGGCAGAAACAAAAUUCAAGGAAAUUAGCAAUGCAUAUGAGGUCUUGUCUGAUGAUGAAAAACGAUCACUAUAUGACAAAUAUGGAGAGGCUGGACUUAAAGGUGCUGGUAUGGGUAGUGGGGAUUUCAGCAAUCCGUUUGAUCUGUUUGAGUCACUAUUUGAGGGCAUGGGUGGUAUGGGUGGGAUGGGCGGAAUGGGUGGAAUGGGGGGAAGAGGUUCUAGGAGUCGAGCGGUUGAUGGACAAGACGAAUAUUAUAAUCUUGUCUUGAACUUCAAGGAAGCAGUUUUUGGGGUCGAAAAGGAGAUUGAGAUUAGCCGGUUGGAGAGCUGCGGGACUUGCAAUGGUUCAGGUGCUAAACCAGGCACCAAGCCAUCCAGAUGCAGCACAUGUGGUGGGCAAGGUCAGGUUGUUCAAUCAGCGAGGACUCCUUUAGGUGUCUUCCAGCAGGUCAUGACAUGCUCUUCAUGUGGUGGGUCUGGGGAAACAUCCAUCCCCUGCAACACUUGCUCUGGGGAUAGUCGGGUGAGGAGGACGAAGCGGAUCAGUCUUAAAGUUCCAGCUGGUGUGGACUCUGGAAGCCGUUUAAGAGUCCGAAAUGAAGGUAAUGCUGGAAGGCGGGGCGGGUCUCCUGGUGACCUAUUUGUUAUUAUAGAAGUUAUCCCAGACCCUGUCCUCAAACGGGAUGAUACCAACAUUUUGUACACCUGCAAGGUGUCGUAUAUUGAUGCAAUUUUGGGGACUACAAUUAAGGUUCCAACAGUUGACGGCAUGGUUGAUUUGAAGAUUCCAGCUGGGACCCAACCAAACACGACCCUUGUGAUGGCCAAGAAAGGUGUUCCGCUUUUAAACAAGAGCAACAUGAGAGGUGAUCAGCUGGUCCGUGUGCAGGUUGAAAUCCCAAAGAGAUUGAGCAAUGAUGAGAAGAAGCUCAUCGAGGAACUUGCGAGUCUAAGCAAGGGCAAGGCCACAAGCCGGAGAUAA